CCCGCAACUCCAAACCCGUAGAGGCGGAGAGAGAGUGGGAGGGAGGAAGGAAGAGAGAUGGAGAAAAAGGGAGAGACCGAGGGAGAGGAGCAGAAAUGAGAGACUGGGAGAUAGAAUAGAGAAGGUAGGUCAGAGGGAAUCGAGAAGGGACAUCAAAGGAGGAAGAAAGGAAGAAAAAGAGAGGAAAGGAGAGGGGGAGAGGGAGGAGGGGCAGCAGGGAGAGACAGAGGGACGAGGGGAGUGGUGGGGGCUUGUUCGGCAGCCGCGGCAACAGCUGCAGCCGCCGCCGCUCCUCCAGCCUCCGGCUCGCAGGGCCGGUUGCGGAGUCUCCGCUCCCGAUAACCAGGCUUCGGAGCUCCCCUCAUCUCGCGGCCGCUGCGCUUUGACUCCCGAGGAGACCCGGUCAUCUCGGAGCCGCCAGGGUAGGCUUUUUUGGUGGUGAAGAAGAAUGGUCUGCCACAUGAGAGUCCUUCACACUUUUGAAGAAUACAGCUGUGCAGAACUCUGAAUUCGAAUCCUGACUCUUCACCAGCAUUCCACUGGGGGCCUUGAGAACAACAGACUAAAAAAAGUGUUCAGAAUCUGUAAUCAAAAGGACCCAAGAUGCUACUCUCCCUCCUAGCAGAGUCGAUGGUGAAAAUGUUCUUUCUCUCCUUCCUUCUGCAAACCGCACUCUCGCUGAACCCUGAUGAUCCCAACGUUUGCAGUCACUGGGAGAGCUAUGCUGUGACAGUUCAGGAAUCCUAUGCCCACCCUUUCGACCAGAUCUACUAUACAAGAUGUACAGACAUUCUCAACUGGUUUAAGUGUACGAGGCAUCGAAUAAGUUAUAAGACUGCGUAUCGAAGAGGCCUCAGGACCAUGUACCGACGGAGAUCCCAGUGCUGCCCAGGAUACUACGAGAGUGGAGACGUCUGCAUCCCCUUGUGCACUGAAGAAUGCGUCCAUGGCCGAUGUGUCUCCCCUGACACCUGUCACUGCGAGCCUGGCUGGGGAGGCACCGACUGCUCCAGUGGCUGUGACAGUGACCAUUGGGGUCCCCACUGUAGCAAUCGCUGCCAGUGUCAGAAUGGUGCCCUGUGCAAUCCCAUCACAGGGGCCUGCGUGUGUGCUGACGGUUACCGGGGCUGGCGCUGCGAGGACUUCUGUGAACCAGGGACCCAUGGCAAGGGUUGUCAGCUUCCCUGUCAGUGUCACAAUGGUGCCACCUGUGACCCUCGGAGUGGAGAGUGCCACUGUGCACCGGGCUACACUGGCGUUUACUGCGAGGAGCAAUGCCCACCUGGGAGUCAUGGGGCACACUGUGACCUGCGCUGCCCCUGCCAGAAUGGGGGUACUUGCCAUCACAUCACUGGGGAGUGUACUUGCCCCCCUGGCUGGACGGGAGUGGUGUGUGCCCAGCCUUGCCCACCAGGGACGUUUGGCAUCAACUGCAGCCAGAGCUGCCCGUGUCACCAUGGAGGGCAAUGUGACCAUGUGACGGGACUGUGUCAGUGUGCGGCUGGAUACAUGGGGGAUAGAUGCCAAGAGGAAUGCCCCAUCGGUACCUUUGGCUUCCAGUGCUCCCAGCGCUGUGACUGCCACAAUGGGGCCCAGUGCUUGCCGGCCACUGGUGCCUGUGUGUGUGACCCAGGCUACAAAGGACCCCGAUGCCAGGAGCGGCUGUGCCCUGAGGGGCUGCACGGCCCACAGUGCACCAAGCCUUGUCCUUGUAAUGCCACCAACACAAUCAGCUGUCACCCUGUGUCAGGAGCUUGCACAUGCCACGCAGGUUGGGCCAGCCCACACUGUAAUGAGUCCUGUCCUGCUGGCUCCUACGGCGAGGGCUGUCGGCUAGUGUGUGCCUGUCAGAAUGGGGCUGACUGUCACAGCAUCACAGGGAGUUGCACCUGUGCCCCCGGCUUCAUGGGUGAAGUCUGCGCUAUGCCCUGUGCGUCCGGGACAUACGGCCCCAACUGCUCAUCUGUCUGCAACUGCAAAAAUGAGGGUACCUGUUCCCCCAUAGAUGGCACCUGUACCUGUAAGGAAGGGUGGCAAGGGAUCGACUGCUCCCUCCCCUGCCCUAGGGGCACCUGGGGCCUGAACUGCAAUGAGACGUGCACCUGCUCCAAUGGGGCAGCCUGUAGCCCUAUGGAUGGUACCUGUUCCUGUUCACCUGGCUGGCUAGGGGAUACCUGUGAGAAGCCCUGCCCGGAUGGAACCUACGGGCUGAACUGUAGCGAGCGCUGUGACUGCAGUCAUGCGGAUGGCUGCAACCCCAUCACAGGCCACUGCUGCUGCCUGGCCGGCUGGACUGGUGUCCGCUGUGAUAGCACGUGUCCCCCGGGUCACUGGGGCCCCAACUGUUCCAUCUCCUGCAGCUGCGAGAAUGGUGGCUCCUGUUCCCCAGAAGAUGGGACUUGCGAGUGUGCUCCUGGCUAUAGGGGGCCCCUGUGCCAAAGAAUCUGUCCUGCUGGCUUCUACGGUCACAGCUGCAACCAGCCCUGCCCACUGUGUGUGCACAGCAAUGGACCCUGCCACCAUGUCACUGGCCACUGUGACUGUCUCCCUGGAUUCUCUGGUUCCCUCUGCAAUCAAGUGUGUGCCGGAGGAAGAUUUGGGAAGGACUGUGCUCAGCAUUGUUCGUGUUCCAACAACGGAACUUGCAGUCCCAUCGAUGGCUCCUGCCAGUGCUUCCCCGGCUGGAUUGGCAAGGACUGCACACAAGCCUGCCCACCAGGAUUCUGGGGCCCUGCCUGUUUCCACACCUGCAACUGUCACAAUGGGGCCGGAUGCAGUGCUGAUGAUGGAGCCUGUCGAUGUGCCCCAGGCUGGACAGGGCUCUUUUGCACACAGCGCUGCCCCACGGCAUUUUAUGGGAAGGACUGUGGGCGUGUGUGCCAGUGCCAGAAUGGCGCCGACUGCGACCACAUCAGUGGCAAGUGCUCCUGCCGGACUGGCUUUACCGGGCGGCACUGUGAACAGAAGUGUUCCCCAGGAACCUUUGGCUAUGGGUGUCAGCAGCUGUGUGAGUGUAUGAACAAUGCCACCUGUGACCAUGUCACUGGUACCUGCUAUUGCAGCCAGGGCUUCAAAGGCAUCAGGUGUGACCAAGCUGCCCUCAUGAUGGAAGAGCUGAAUCCCUACACCAAGAUCAGCCCAGCACUGGGCUCAGAGAGGCACUCAGUGGGCGCUGUCAUCGGCAUCGUCCUGCUACUCCUAGUCAUCGUAGCACUUUUGAGCCUGUUUGCUUGGCACCGGCGGAAACAGAAAGAGAAAGGCAAUGACAUGCCCCGAGUCUCCUACACACCGGCCAUGAGAAUGACCAGCACUGAUUACUCCCUGUCAGAUGUGUCUCAAAGUAGCAGCCAUGGUCAGUGCUUUUCCAACCCCAGCUACCACGCUCUGGCAUGUGGGGUACCUUCCGAAACAGUCAGUAAUUUGGACAGGAACAGCUCCACUAAGCUCAGUAACAAAUCCCUUGACAGAGAUACGUCGGGGUGGACACCUUACAGCUAUGUGAACGUGCUAGACUCCCAUUUCCAGAUCAGUGCCCUGGAGGCCAGGUAUCCAUCCGAGGACUUCUACAUUGAACUUAGACACCUUGGCCGCCCUGCUGAGCCUAACACACCAGGUGCUUGUGGGAUGGAUAGACGUCAAAACACAUAUAUUAUGGAGAAAGGCUUCAAAGAUUACACAAAAGAAUCUGUAAGCAGCUCCAGUACGUGCUCUCUCAACAGCAGUGAAAACCCCUAUGCCACCAUCAAGGACCCGCCCCUCCUCACCUGCAAGCCCACGGAGAGCAGCUACGUAGAAAUGAAGUCACCUGCUCACAGGGAUUCUCCAUACACAGACAUGCCAUCCUUGUCGACAUCUAAUAAAAAUAUAUAUGAAGUUGAACCCACAGUCAGUGUGGUCCAAGAAGGCCGCGGUCAUACCGCCAGCUAUAUCCAGAAUCCAUACGACCUACCUAAGAACAGCCAUAUUCCUGGUCAUUAUGACCUCCUCCCAGUAAGACAGAGCCCUGCCCAUGGACCCUCUCAGGACAAACAAUCUUAAAAAGGGAUAAACAAGCUUUCGAUGUGCUGUGCUGGACACACUCUCUGAUUCACUGAAAGAAGACAAUCCUUUGACUUGAAAUAAUGAUAAACAAGGAACACUGGUAUGCACCAACUCCUGCUGCAUGAUGUUAAGAUUGCUUUUUACACUCUCCACCUAGGACUAAUGAACAAUUUCCAAAAAGACUGGAACAACUGUCCAAUGAAGCUCUUUCUAUGGUCCACCCCCAAAAUAACACUCAAUUUCUGGACUGUGUUGUAACAACACUUUACAAGAUGAGUCAACAACAGCUGCAAUGACAAGUUGAGACACGAGUGGAAAGCCAGUGGAACAUUUUGGGGUUAAAAAGAAAAUAAAUCCUGGAGAGAAGGCAAAAAGAGAAGUGGGGGUGGUAGAGGAAAAGGGAGCAUGGGAAAGGGGAAAUACUUUAAAAGCAACCAAUCGAUAUGGAAUCUGUAUAUUGGAGCAAUGUCAUUACUAUACCCAUUUCUUUGUAUGUUGUUUUUCUUUGUAGUAAGUUGUUUUAUGUUCUUCUUUAGUACAGAGGUAGAGAGAGAUGCCUCGUGCCAUUAUAUUAUCAGUGCUACAAAUAGCUAUGACUAUAUUCUGGUUUCAUCAAAUCCCAAUGGCUCCAAGUGGUAGCCUGGUUUUCUCAAGAAUUAUGUGUCAACCUAAGUGAA